AUGAUUUUGUCAAAUUUGUUCUUCAGAAAUAAAGCUGCUAUUGUUAAAGCAGGAGCUGUCCACAAGUUACUCAAGCUCGUCAAUUCUUCAAAUGGGUCACCUAAGCAGUCUGUUGCUGAAGCAAUUGUAGCCAAUUUUCUUGGGUUGAGUGCACUCGACUCGAAUAAACAGAUCAUUGGUUCUUCGGAUGCAAUCCCAUUUUUGGUGGAAACUCUCAAACAUUUCAUUGAGGAUAUUAGUUCUCAAGCUAAACAGGACUCUUUGCGCGCACUCUACAAUCUUUCCAUCUUGCCUUCAAAUGUGGUUUUGAUGCUGGAGACUGAUCUGAUACCACUUCUCUUGAGCAAGCUGGGAGAUGUGGAUGCAAGUGAAAUAAUCCUCUCUAUUCUUAGCAAUGUAGUAUCAGUUGCGGAGGGGAGGAAGGCAAUUAGGAUUGUGCCCGAUGCCUUUCCAAUUCUAAUUGAUGUAUUGAAUUGGACGGAUUCACCAGGGUGCCAAGAGAAAGUAACAUACAUUCUUAUGGUGAUAGUUCACAAGUCUUACGGAGAUAGGCAGGAGAUGAUCAAGGCUGGAAUUGCCACGUCCCUGCUUGAACUAACAUUGUUAGGAAGCACAUUGGCACAAAAAAGAGCUUCAAGGAUAUUGGAGUGUUUAAGAGGGGAGAAAGGGAAGGAAGUUUCGGGAUGGUUGGGUUCAGGAUUGUCAGCUCCAUUUUGUGGUCCUUCGCCUACUCAUCUAACAGAGGAAUUAUUGGAAGGGGAGGAUGAUAUGUUGAGUGAAGAGAGGAAAGCAGUCGAGCAACUAGUUCAACAGAGUCUGCACGACAACAUGAAGAGAAUGAUGAAGAGGGCAAAUUUGCCGCAAGAUUUUGUUGCUUCUCAUCAUUUCAAGUCCCUUUCAUCAAGUUCCACAUCUAAUAGCUUACCAUUUUGA